CCGGAAGUUUCGCGGUUACAAAAACACAAAGCUCUCUGGCCGCGUGCCGCCGCACAAUAUUAAUAACCGCGAGACGUACAGCGAGUUAAGAGUAGAUCAGAGAGAGAGAGAGAGAGAGAAGCAGAUGUUCGGAUGCUGCAGAAAGCAUUACCAACGCUUGUGUUAUCUCUGUAAAUGUGAAUCGAAUUCGAAUCGCGAGAAUUUUGAAUUUUGUCGCGGUUAAAGAUUAGAGAGUGUAUAGGCGAGUAGGUGUCACUUUUCCGGAAGGAGAAAAGCAAACACUGUCGUGUAAGCUCGUCCGGUUUCGGUAUAUUUCAUGCGGCACACGUGUGCGCGGGUGGUAUCGGUUUCUCUUGAUCUUCUUUGGAGAAGAGAGCGCUAAGCGGUUCUGUGGAAAAGAAAUUCUUUUUGCUUUUACGCACGCCCAUGUGGUAUCAAAAGAACAAUCUGGAGUGUAUUAUAGUGUUUUGAGUAGGAGCUUUUGAAAAUGCGACGCAAAAAAUAAGAGACCAUAAGAGCUGGAGUGUUUGAUGAGGUCAACUUUGAAAAAAUGGAAUAAACUUAUCCAGAUAACAAAACCAUUUUACAAGCAACAAAGCUGCUUGAAGAAAUAACUGUCCAUUUUUAACAAUCUCUGCGAAAUACAUACUUACAUAAAGAAAGUAUCCUUCGAGUCCCGAAAAGAUGGCCUCGUCCUACCCCCUCAGCCAAUGAUAAUCUGUCGAUCGAUCGAUCGAUCAGACUAUCGACCCCCUUGUUUCCCAGCCCUGCAAUCAUCUUCUCUCCCACACGCGAUUGGUCGUGGUCGGCGUGGCUUAGACGUUUCUCGAGCCAAUGGCGAGAUUCGUCGGGGCUAAUUCGGUCGAGGGCGUGUCGACGGAAAUCCCGAAGGAGAUGCCUCGCGACGGCCGUCGCGCGAGUGCAGUCUCCCCUUUGCGGCGCGCGAAGCUUUACAUUAUUCAAAUUUUACAAGUCUAUCGAUUCAUCAUUAAUUGAGUGACGGCGCGUGGUGUGUAGUGUAGUGGUGUUCGGAAGACGAUUUCGAGAUGCAGAACGAGUGUCAGUCUGUCGACGACAGGCUCAACCCACUCGCGCCAUCAACCUCCAACAGCAACUCAACCGUUCCUCGAACCAGGAGCCCAAAAUGCGCGCGUUGCCGCAACCACGGAAUAGUCUCCGGCUUAAAAGGUCACAAGCGCAGCUGCGCCUGGAAGGACUGCCGUUGCGCCUGUUGCCUCCUGGUGGUCGAGCGCCAACGAGUCAUGGCAGCCCAGGUGGCCCUGCGACGACAGCAACAGGCUCAGGAUCAACUUCAGGCCAGCGGCGCUUUUGAAGAUACCGCUGGAGAAUCGGUUCGCAACGUCGUGGCGAGAGACGAGGGAGAACAUCAGGCUAGUCGUGCAGAAGCUGGAGGAUUGCACAGACAAAGAGCCAUGGCUGCGUAUCAGAGGAGGUUGAGGAAUUUCCAGAGGCACAGGUUGCAGUUGACGCAGACCAGGAUCAGCGUGACGCAGGAUCUGCAUAUUCUCAAUGCACUGCCCAGUAUGCCAGUAAUUCCAGAUCACAGUCACCUGGCGGGCUCGUUCACGAUAACCGAAUCUCAAGAUUCCAACAGUAGCCAUCCGCGUCAACACCUGCAGGACGAUACCCCGAUGGAUUUCCGCAGCAUAUACCCCAGCUAUUCCCAGAUCCCCUGGUUCUCCUGUUUCUCACCCGACGCAACGACGACGUCGAGUUCCGCACAGCAGCACCCGAACGAAUUAUCCACGAGUCUCUUUGGGCCAAACGACUCGCAGACGGAGAAGAAGUCCAAGAUAUCGUUCAGCGUCGAAUCAAUCAUCGGGAGGAAAUGAUGACGAUUUCAUACGAAUCGCGUCGUACCAUUACGCUAGAGAUGUAUGUUUAUCGUUAAAAGACCUGUAUAGUUUUGUAAGUGUAUGUUAAUUUUAAUAAAGGUUAAUCGAAGUGAAGAAAU